AUGGCUCCGAAAAUCAUCCGAUGGGGCAUCUUGGCCACUGGCGGAAUUGCAGAAACCUUUACCAAAGACCUUCUCCUCGAUCCGGCAACGCGAAAUGUCCAUGAGAUCAAGCACACCGUGGUAGCUGCCGCCAGUUCCUCAAGCGCAUCUCGUGCGCAGGAGUUUCUGAAAAAGGUCGGUGCUCCUUCGUCAGCCGCCGCCUACGGCUCGUACGAAGAGUUGGUCAAGAACAAGGAUAUCGACAUUGUCUACGUCGCCACCCCUCACUCUCACCACUUUCAGAAUGUCAUGCUCUGCCUUGAAGCUGGGAAGAAUGUCUUGUGCGAGAAAGCCUUUACAGUCAAUGCAGCUCAGGCAAAGAAGCUCAUUGACACGGCUCGCGAGAAGAAUCUCUUCCUGAUGGAGGCAGUCUGGACACGAUACUUUCCUUUGUCAAUCUAUGUUCGUGACGCCAUCACCUCCGGAAGGCUGGGAACUGUCAUUCGAGUGUACUCGGACAACUCCAUGGCUACCGACCCCGAAAAGACCUGGCCUGACGGAAAACACAGAAUGGUCAACCCCGAGCUCGCCGGCGGCGCACUCCUUGACAUGGGAAUCUACAGCCUGACCUGGGUCUUCCAGACCUUGUAUACUACCCAGUCAGAGCGUAGCCGCAAGCCACCUCGCGUCGUUUCCAGCAUGCAGAAAUAUCCCCCUACCGGCGUGGACGAAAUGACCACCAUGCUUCUGACUUUCCCGCGUGACGUCGACGCCGGCGGCAACAUGCACGCCGUCGCCACGACGAGCAUUCGCACCGCCAGCGACGUCGAUGGUUCCGGCACUUCCGGCCCAGCAGUUCGUAUUUACGGCACCCAGGGAGAAUUACAAGUGUGGCCACCCAUCUAUCGCCCGACCCGGACGCGCCUUAUCCUCAAGGAUGGAACUGUCGAAGAUAAGAAUUGGCCUCAACCAGGCCCUGGCAAGGGAAGUGGUUGGUACAACGGUUUCGGCGGCGACCUCAAUCUCGAGGGUGAAGGUCAUGGCAUGUUCUGGGAGGCAGAUGAGGCGGCUUUGGCCUUGGUGGAGGGCAGAAAAGAAGGGAGAUUUGAAAGCUUGGACGAAUCUUUGGUCAUCAUGGAGCUUAUGGAUGAAGUCCGCAGGCAGAACGGACUCCAGUAUCCCGAGAAGAUCGAGACAACGGAAAAGGUUGAGCUAUGA